UUCUCUUACUUCAUUAUAUAUACACCCCUCGUGCCAUCUGUGUGAAUCACCAAAAACCACAUCGUCAAUCUCAGCAAAAAGAAAACAAAUACAGAGAGAGAGAUGGCGACGACAACAGCAGAGGCAACAAAGACAUCUAGUACUAAUGUAGAAGACAAGCAAUCUCAGAAUCUCCGACAUCAAGAAGUCGGUCACAAGAGCCUCUUACAGAGUGACGAUCUCUACCAGUAUAUUCUGGAGACAAGUGUGUAUCCAAGAGAACCAGAAUCAAUGAAGGAACUCAGGGAAGUGACAGCAAAACACCCUUGGAACAUAAUGACCACGUCAGCAGAUGAAGGACAGUUUCUGAACAUGCUCAUCAAGCUCGUUAACGCCAAGAACACAAUGGAGAUCGGUGUUUACACUGGCUACUCUCUCCUCGCCACCGCUCUUGCUCUCCCCGAAGACGGCAAAAUUCUGGCUAUGGAUGUUAACAGAGAGAAUUACGAAUUGGGUUUGCCGAUCAUCGAGAAAGCCGGCGUUGCCCACAAGAUCGACUUCAGGGAAGGCCCUGCUCUACCUGUUCUUGAUCAACUUGUUGCUGACGAGAAGAACCAUGGAACAUAUGACUUUAUAUUCGUUGAUGCUGACAAGGACAACUAUAUCAACUACCACAAGCGUUUGAUUGAUCUUGUGAAAGUUGGAGGAGUGAUUGGCUACGACAACACUCUGUGGAACGGUUCUGUCGUGGCUCCUCCUGAUGCACCGAUGAGGAAGUACGUUCGUUACUACAGAGACUUUGUUCUUGAGCUUAACAAGGCUCUUGCUGCUGACCCUAGGAUUGAGAUUUGCAUGCUCCCGGUUGGUGAUGGAAUCACUAUCUGCCGUCGGAUCAGUUGAUUGAUACUUACUGAAUACCCCCCAACCCUAUGAGUUUGUCCCAAGUGGUUCAAUUCUUCUCUCUCUAGUAACCUACCUUUCAAUUGCAUUUUCACCAACUACCACCAAAUUGGACCACUCUCCCUUUGUAUUUUGUUAAGUAAUAUCUCCAUUGUCUUUUGUUUUUGCUUUUCUUCUGAACAAAUAAAUAAUGUACCCCCUACCUUUCUUGUUUUGUUUGUUUUUCACUUUAUGAUACAACAUCUAAAAGAAUAUAUCACUCAUUUAA